GCAAGUGUUGCAGCCAUUGCUCAAGCAGCUACUUACACUCCAACAAACAUAAAAGCACCUUUUAUUGAACAAUUUGACCAGAACUGGGAGUCUAGAUGGAAACAACCAGCUUCUAGCAGGUUCGUCGUUAAAGAACCUGAAGUAUACCCUGGAAUAGAUGAUGAUAAAGGUUUAAUAGCAAUCCAGAAAGCUGCAAAAUACGCGAUUUCAUCGACCUUUGACGAAAUCGUCAAUCCGGCAGGUGAAAAACCGCUCGUCGUACAGUACGAAGUUAAGCUCCAGGAGGGUCUCGAGUGUGGUGGUGCAUAUAUCAAAUUACUCAGCGAAGGUUUCGGUGAAGAUUCCACCAUGACGAGUGACACACCCUACACUAUCAUGUUCGGUCCAGACAAAUGCGGGAUGACGAACAAAGUCCAUUUCAUAUUAAGACAUAAGAAUCCAUUGACCGGCGAGGUAGAGGAAAAGCAUCUGGACAACCCACCAUCAAUCAAACAAUCUAAGACAACAGCACUCUACACGCUCAUCGUCAAUCCUGACAAUACCUAUGAGAUCCUUAUCAACAACGAAUCUGUCAAGUCGGGCUCUCUCUUCAAAGACUUCACUCCACCAGUCAAUCCAUUGCGCGAAAUAGACGACCCACAUGACACAAAGCCUGCAGAUUGGGUCGACGAGGCAGUAAUCCCAGAUCCUAAUGCCACCAAGCCAGAUGAUUGGGAUGAGAAUGCUCCAAAGCAAAUCCGCGAUCCAAACGCCACCAAACCUGCAGGAUGGAAUGAGGACGUCGAAGCAUUUAUACCAGAUCCAAGCACCGAAAAGCCUGCUGAAUGGGAUGAUGAUGAGGAUGGAGAGUUCGUCGCACCGCUCGUACCAAAUCCUGAUUGCGAUUUGACCGUCGGAUGUGGUAAAUGGGAGGCGCCAUUGAUCGCAAACCCUAACUACAGAGGCAAAUGGCAUCCAGACAUGAUCGUGAACCCAGACUUUAAGGGACCAUGGUUACCACGUAAGAUUCCAAACCCAACCUACUUCGAGGACAAAGAACCAUCGGCCAUCACUCCAAUUAGCGGUGUCGGUUUCGAAAUAUGGACCAUGUCACGUGGAAUUCUUUUCGACAACAUCUACGUUGGAUAUAGCAAAGAUGAUGCAAAGGCAUUCGCAGAUGAGACUUACGCAAUCAAGAAACCAAUAGAGGAGAAGAGAGAGAGGGAAGCUCUCGAAGCCACAGUCCAUGAUCCUAGCGAGAGUGAAGGAUUUGAGGCUCUUGCGUUUAUAAGAAAGAACCUUAUUGAUUUCGUUGCCAAGUUCAACGCCGAUCCGGUCCUCGCGUUUAAGGAGAGAUGGGAUGUUGCAGGUGUUUUGGGUGCCGCUAUCGCUGCUUUCUUAGGUUUGCUUGGCACUUUGAUCAGUAUCAUCGGUGGUACAACUGCUGCUACUUCCGCCGCACCA